AUGACUCUCCCACAUCUCUCUGCCCCGAUCUCCCGUGAUCUGCCGUGUGUGAUCAAGGGGGCGCAAGGGCCGAACGGGACUGUUGGGAUAACCUACGCGACCAAGGUCGUGAAGAUUCCCGACAAGGUGACGUUGGCGGCGUGGGUCAAGAACCUCGCCAAGUACGAAGCCGCGCUGGCGGAAGCGGAGACGUACAAGGGAGGAGGGAAGCGCAAGAAAAAAGCCAACAACCGCUUGUCGCUGAACGUCGGACGGAUCAGGACGCACACGGCGGCCGAGCGUGAGGUCGUGGACUGGAUCAACGAGCUGCGUUCUGACGGCAUAUCCGCCCGUGUUUCGACGAAGAUGAUCAAGAACAAGGUCGUUGGACUCCAUCCGAACUUCUUCAGGGAGAGUCCGGCGCCAUCCGAUCUCCAGGGCUCCCUCAAUUACAAGAACAGGCAAAACCAGUGGUGCAGAAGGUUUCUCAGGGUAUACCGCUUCUCUGUGCGAGCUGUCACCCGGCAAGGCCAGAAACUCCCUUCUGGCUGGCCUUUGGUCGCCAUGCAGGCGAUCAUGGAGUGGAGGAGGCUGAAGUACGACGUGCCUUCCGCGCUCGAACUUGCGGACGGAGUCGAGUGCCUGGGGGUUGUGGCAGGGGCGGGAGGCAGCGCGAGCGGCAGCGGGGGUGGGAGUGGCGCUGGUGUUCUUUCGGAGCCGCGUCUCAAGUUCGCCUUGGCGCAAAUCGGCAACAUGGACGAAACCCCUACGUGGUUCAAGAACCCGGGGAAGGACACUGUGAACGCCACGGGUGACAAGGAGAUUGCCGUCAAAACCGGCGGCAAGGAGAAGAUGUGCAUCACUUCGGUCCUGACGGUGUUCGCCGACGGCAGCAAGCUGCCGCCCCUCUUCAUCGUCAAGGGACAGCCCACUCCCAAGGGAAAGUCCCCCGCCGCCAACAGCAUCGAGCGCGAGUUCAAGAACUACAAGGACAAGAAGGGCUACGCGUACGCGCGAGGUAUGGCCUACGCCGUGGACCCCAAGGAAUGGCACUCCCAGCGGGUGUUCGACGACGUGUGGGUGGCGCAGGUGUGGAACCGGCGCCCGGGGCGGCAGGGCCGCCUGGGCGGCUACCGUCAGCCUAACACGCUUCUGGCGUGGGACGACAAGACCGUCCACAAGACAGACGCGUCUAUCAACGCGAUGGAGGAGUCCAACACGACGAUGUUCCUCAUCCUGGGAGGCUUGACUCCAAAGCUCGAGCCGUGCGAUGGCCUGGUCAACAAGAUCUUCAAGGCAAACAUAUCCAGGCUCUACAACGACCACAUGGCUUCCAAGAACGUAACGCGCAACGACCGCGGCUAUCCGGAGCCCCCUUCGAGUGGUUUGGUCGCACAGUGGGUCAAGAAGGCGUGGGAUGCCUUGACCGCGGAUGAAAUCCGCUCGAGCUGGAGGAAGGCUGGCCUGCUGCUGCCCUUCCACGGGUCGGGAGACGAGGCCUGGGCCAACACGGAGCUCGGCGCCAACGCCAAGGGGGAGCCCAUCGGCGCGCCAUCGGGCGCUGCGGACAAGGCUGACUCGUCGUCCGGAGGCGAGAACUUGCUGGAGGUGUUGGACAUCGACGAUGAUGACGACACGGGCGUGGUGGUGGUGGACGUGAGCGAUGACGAGGGCGAGGAGCUGUGA